GGGCUCUCUCCCCCUCUCUCCCAAAGCCGUGGGCUCUCUUUCCCUCUCUCCCCCAAAGCCCCGGCCAUGGCGAGCCGCCGCGGAGCGCCUCCGCUGCCCCUCCGGCUCCGGCGGCUCCUACGGUCGCCGAUCCCUCGCUGCGCUUGCUUCAUAGUCGCAUUGACGGUGCUCCUUGUCGUCCUCUCACUUCGCCAGAUCGCCCGCGUCGACCUGCCCCGCCCGGACCUGCCCCACCAGGUGCCGAAUGAGCAGCUGUGGGGUUCUAAUGCCUACGGUUAUCAUGCUUGUGUCACACCAACCCACAGAUAUAUUGCUCCAAUAGAGUCGGACCACUAUAUGACUGUUAGAAGUAAUGGAGGACUCAACCAAAUGCGAACUGGAAUCUGUGAUAUGAUUGCAGUAGCCCGCUUGGUGAAUGCAACACUUGUUAUUCCUCAGUUAGACAAGCGAUCUUUUUGGCAAGAUACCAGUACGUUUAAAGACAUCUUCAAUGAGCCUGGUUUUAUUAAAGCUCUGGAAGGUGAUGUCCAUAUCGUUAGUGACUUGCCUGAAAGUUUGCAAUCUGCUCCAAGAGCUCGGAAGCACUUUACUUCAUGGUCUGGUGCGAGCUAUUACGAGGAUGUGAAAGAACUUUGGAAGGAUCACAAGGUAGUUCACAUCCCAAAAUCUGAUUCACGGCUUGCAAACAACGGUCUUCCGGUUGAUAUCCAGAGACUAAGAUGCCGCUGUCUUUACCAAGCAUUGCGUUUCUCAGAUCCAAUCGAGGACCUUGGAAAGAAGCUUGUGGAGCGUCUAAAAUCACGUGGAAAGUUUAUUGCUCUUCAUCUACGAUAUGAAAAAGAUAUGCUAGCAUUCACGGGCUGCACUUAUGGUCUGAGUAAAUCCGAAGCGGACGAAUUGAGAAUCAUGAGAGAGAAAACAAGCCAUUGGAAACUGAAGGACAUAAACUCAACUGAACAGAGAUCUGGAGGUAAUUGUCCAUUGACUCCACACGAGGUGGGGAUGUUUCUACGUGCGAUGGGAUAUACCAAGUCCACUUGGAUCUACAUUGCAGCUGGUGAAAUUUAUGGUGGUGAUAAGUAUAUAUCAAAAUUGAGAUCGUAUUUUCCAAACUUGGUUAGCAAGGAAGUGCUGGCAACAAAAGAAGAGCUUCAGAAGUUUAAGAAUCAUGCUUCUCAAGUUGCAGCACUUGACUACAUUAUUUCAGUGGAAAGUGAUGUGUUUAUUCCAUCACACUCCGGCAAUAUGGCAAGAGCUGUUGAGGGCCAUCGUAGAUUUCUGGGUCAUCGCAAGACUUUGACUCCUGAUAGGAGAGGAUUAGUGGAACUCUUUGGCUUGCUUGAAAAAGGAGAACUUAUGGAAGGUCCUAAGCUGUCCUCACUUGUUACUAAAAUGCAUAAAUACAGGCAAGGCGCCCCAAGGAAGAGAUAUGCGUCCUUGCCUGGGAGCAAGGGCAGAGCACGUCUUAGGACAGAGGAAUCCUUUUACGAAAACCCAUUCCCAGAGUGCAUCUGCCUGACUGGGAAGCAUUGAUGUGAUGAUGGUGUAAAGGUGUUUCAGUUCGGCCACUGGAGCUCUAGUGACGCAUUGAAAGUUGAAAUCACACUCAUACUCCAUGAUGCCUUCACACAAGUCAGGCAAGGGCGUCAUUCUUUCGCUGAUCUAGAUCUAAGAACCCUAUAUGGAGGCCGGCAAGUGUAGUGAAACAACUCUACAUGUAUCAGUCUAUCAGUUCACUGCCAGUCAUGGAUUAGACAUGUAGGCUACAGCCAAGGAAACUUCAAACAUGCAUUUAUGCAUUCAGGUCUGGAAGUUGUUAUAUGCGCCCUGAAGGCGCCUUUAGGUCUGAAUUCUAUCUGUAACUAGAAGAGGAAGCUUACAUACAAUGUUCAAUUUCUUCAGCUAGAUAAUCAUCGUUACAAAUGAUGUGUA